AUGGCAUUAGUAGCUAUCAAGAAUGUUUCAGUGCUGAGCAAUCCAGCAACAUUCUUUGAUCCAUUUCGUUUUGAAAUCACGUUUGAAGUACUAGAGGAACUUAAAGAUGAUCUUGAAUUCAAGCUAGUGUAUGUUGGAUCAGCAGAUGAUGAAUCUUACGAUCAAAUGCUGGAGACCUUGUCUGUUGGACCUGUGCCUGUUGGAUCAAGCAAGUUUGUGUUCGAGGCAGAUGCACCAAACCCAGAACGACUACCCCAAGAAGACAUUGUCGGCGUGACAGUGAUACUAUUAUCAUGCUGCUAUAUGGAACGCGAGUUUGUUCGUAUUGGAUAUUACGUAAAUCACGAUUACACGGAUGAAGUAUUGAAAGAGACGCCACCGACACCUGUGCAGUUGGAGUUACUGCAGCGUAGUAUAUUGGAUACCAAGCCACGAGUUACGAAGUUCAGUAUUCCAUGGGACGCUCAAACAGCAGCAGCUGCACCGGUGGAUGCAACAGAAGAAGCUACGGAGGGCUUUGAUGAAGUGUUGAAGGAAGAAGAAGAGAAGGAUGAAGAGAUGGUGGAUGAUUCGGCGGUUGAUGUUGAUGGUGCUGGGAACGACACUGAACUGGAUGAGACGACUGUCUAG